AUGGCCACCCGAGCGUCCUCAGUUGCCCGGAUGUGGCUCCCAGCCAUCCAGCAUCCUUCAUCCAGACUGGCACACCCAGACAACAUUUCGGUCAGCGGCUGCAGCACAUGGGCACCGUCCACCCCUCUGUCCCUGGUCAGUGGGAGCCUGGACUCUCCGUUCCGGAGCCAGAGCGUGGUGAGGGACUUCCGUUUUGGGAUGGAGAAGGGUCCCGCGGCGCGUGAGAACCAGGGUGGCCACAUGCACAGAACAGAGUUGCCCGUGCUGGGCCAGAAGGGGGCAGCAGAGGGUCGUGCCAUGAGUCGAGUCUCAGACAGCACAUCAUCCAUCUUUACUGAACCACAGCUAAAAGAACAAGUAGAUCAGCUGGAGGACAGUUUAAAGGAGCGGAUUCAAAGCACAGGAGCUCUCACACUCAAAACAAUGUUCAAAAAUAACCACCCUGAAGGCAAACCCGUGGCCAACAGUCUGCAGCUGUCUGACAGAGCUCUCAUUUCAUUUGAUGAGUUAUACAAUGCUCUGAGAGGUCCUGACUCGUUCACCACGCUAAGCCUCCCAAUGACCUUGAUGCUGCUCCGUGGAGCCACUCGCAACAGAUUUCUUGAGUGUGUGGAAAACCUCACAGAUAAAGAGUUGCGCAGCCAGAGUUGGAUAUCUGCCUCCCAACUGAGGGACAUUCUGGAUAAACUGAAGCUUCGUCUGCGCAACUCUGAAUUCGAGCAGUUAUGGAAACGGUUGGACACAAAUGGGAUUGGAGCCGUGAAACUCAGUGUACUACUGCAGAAACUGGGACUGGACAAGAGAAGUAACCUACACACUUCAAACAAGAACAACAAGUGCUCCUCACCGUCCAAAGCUCAGGACAACAACAUCCCGGAUACGCCACCCUCAAAGGCAGAGGAGGAGUGUCAGGCAUCCAUUGCCAUGGAAACGUGGCUGAAGGACAGGUUCAGGGCGGGCGUUCAGAGGAUGAAGGCAGAGUUUGAUAAGCGGGACCCAGAUGGAUGUGGAAAGGUGAGCAGUGAAGAUUUCCUACAGGUGCUGGCAACAUUUGACCUGCAGCUGAAGAGAGAGCACCUGGGGCUCUUCCUCUCCCGCUGCGGUGUGGAGCUCCGGAAGGGCGGUGUGGACUACACACGUUUCCUCCGCAGAUUUCAGGACCGAAGCCAAGACGGCAUCACACACAGGAUCAUCUCUAACCCCCAACACCGGUUUCACUCCACGGAGGACAUCCGUCACAGCUCCUCUGUGACUGAAGUAGAAGCCAAACUCACUCGCCUCUUGCACGCUGAGUAUCUCUCUCUCUUAGAAACCUUUCAGAAGACUGAUAAGCUCAAUAAGGGGAUCAUUAGUCAAGAGGAGUUCAGGGCAGCUGUGGAGAACAGGUUUGGACUGGUGAUUUCCGACAGAGAGUUUGAACAGCUGGUGGACAGGCUGCCCCUUGACCGUCUCGGAAAUGUGCUGUAUGGCGUUUUUAUGGCAGCGUUUGACACAAGAAAAGGAGUUCCUAGCCUCUUUGAAGCUGGCAAGACUGCUGGACAUCCUGAUUUCUCAGAGGAAGGCCCAGAAGAGGAAGAGGAGAAAAACAUGGUGGGAAAAGAUCGGAGUGUCAGUGAGCUCUCCAGGCUGAUCAGGAGGAUUGUAGCCCAGCAGUACAGAGACGUGGUGAGGGAGUUUGAGGAGCUGGAUGAGAAAAACACCAGAAGACUCACUCAGGAGGACAUGUACCAACUGCUCAGGAGGUUUCCAGUGCAGCCUGAGAUAACCCGCGGUGAGGUCCGGCGCUUAUGGUCAUCACUACUCACCAGGCAGGAUGGCACGGUAGAAUUUGAGCACUUUGUCCGCCAUUUUGGCCCCUCCCCCACUUCCCGUCGUUACCCCAAUGCCAAGCGCUGCCCACCGAAACGUGGAGACAAUGACCUCAUGCGCCUCUCCAACAAGCUCAGCUAUGUGUCUGAUAUCCUGGUGGAUGCUCUCAGGGCCAAGGUGGAACUCUCAGUAGCAGAGCUGUGGGCUGAAUUCUCCAGUAUGGACGUAUCUGGUACCGGUUUUGUGAGUCGUGAAGAGUUUAAAGAAGUCUUAAUGAGUCUCUGUGUACAUCUCAGCCCGUAUGAAUGUGAGGUACUGGCCAACAAGUUCGACAUGAACCAUGAUGGCAGAGUGUCUUACAGGGAGUUCCUUAGGCCGUUUGCUUCCCAAGAACAGGCGUGGAGGAGUGGUUUCAACAUGGCUGCUGCUCUGCAGUCACACAGAGAGAGUGGUGAUUUGCCUAGGAAUAUGGAAAAUGUUUCUAUGGAAACCCUGAGUACCAAGAUCAGGAAGAAGCUCAACAGAAAGAAGAGGGCUGUCCGUAAGGCCUGCUUGCGAUUGGAUGUCUCCAGUUCUGGUCACCUUUCUGCAGCAGAGCUGGCCACAGUCCUGCAGCUGUGUGGAGUGUGUGACACUCCAGAAGAGCUCGGGAGUGUGUUCUCAGUACUUACCACAGACCCGACAGGACGUCUGGACUACCGUCCACUGCUUCUCAUGACGGCCCAGAAUGACCAGCAGCACCUCCUACACCAGGCCAGCCACAGAAGCAUGUAG